UCGCAGUACUGUCUGACAGGAUGCGGACAACAAUAGUGCUUCUAAGAAUAAUCUGCGAUUGCAUGAGUUUUUAGUUUUUAUUAUUUCGUUUCACAUUACUUUAUCUUUUGUGGGGAAAAUUGUAUUUCCAGCAGGUUAAACCUCCGUGUCAGCAUCAUGAGGCCCUUUGCUCAUCCGGCAGCCUUGGCUUACUCCAUGACAACACUUGGUGCUGGCAUGAUGAACAGCAUGUUUAGUUUCUACUAUGUCAAACUGUUCUUAAACAGGUACAGAAUAUCAGAAGUAGCCUUCCACCAGUCACAGGUGGUCUAUAUGAUCUGGAAUGCACUGAAUGACCCCUUGUUUGGUUAUUUGCAAGACAACUCUCGUAUGGAGUGUUGUUCAAGACGGCGGCUCUCAAUUUUAUACGGAGCCCCUCUGUACUGCCUGGCUUUCUUGCUGGCAUGGUUCCCGUGGAGGGCGUACGAGCCUGGCGAUUGGCUGAGCGGUCUACACCUCAUGGUGACUCUGUGUGCUUUCGAUGGCAUGCUAACAUUUGUGCUGUUAGCCCAGUGUGCGCUGUUUGCAGAAAUCUCUGGACAACAUCAGAACAGACUGAGACUGAUUAAAUACAGCCAGGUGGCUUCUCUGGUGGGAUCUUCUAGUGUGCUCUUCAGCGGUCUCAUCUCCAAGAACAUGGAUGACUUUGCAGCCUUGCAGGGAUUCACAGUGCUGGUUGCAGUGCUGGCCUGUGGUUGUAUGCUGUACACGGGCUUCCAUAGUGAGAGUCGAUUUGAUGGUAAAAGUUCUGAGCAGAGUUCCCCAAGUACUCAGAAACCUCCACUCUCCAUGUCAUCUGUGCUCUCCAUGACCUGGCAGAUCCUCACCAACCGAGACUUCCAGCUCUUUGUCAUCAUGAACUUCUUCCAGGUGUUCAUGGUGGCUUUCUGCAAUAACUUCACCAUGAUUUUUGCAGAGCACCUCAUUCCUUCAGAUGUCCUGCCAUCGCUUGCCAAGAGCUUUAUGUAUGGAGCUGGAUUCAUCUGCCCGCAGUUAUUGGUGUUGUGCAGCCAGAAUCUUCUUCAGAAGUUUGGCUACUACAGGCUCAUUCUGAUCACCUUCUAUGUGGAGGCGGGGGCUGCUGUUAUCAUGCUUCUGUUGGGUCCAAGAAACUACUAUUUCCUGGCAUUUUUCCUCACACUCAACAUGGUCUUGGUUCAGGCAGCGUUCAGUCUUUUCAAUUUGCCACUGGCUGACAUCAUUGACUCUGACCUACAGAAAUACAAACGCAGCUCUCCUCUCUCGUCUAUGGUUUUUGGGACCAAUGCUCUUUUCACAAAGCCAGCGCAGUCUCUGGCCCCGAUGCUGGUCGUGUCCGUCCUCAACCAGUAUGGCUAUGAGGAAAUAAAAGAGUUUGGGAGAGAUGCAGACUCAAGUGCUCUUCAGUCUCUGCACAGCACCAUGUUUUACCUGGUUUGUGUGAUACCGAUGUGUGUCACAGUCCUACAGGUGCUGGCAUGGACACCGUUCUCCAUACGGGACAGUCAUACAUUGGAUUCCAAGUACAUAGAUGGAUGAAUUCUAGCUCAUUACAUUUUUUAUGUGUGCAUUCAUGUGCAGCACUUUGUUUUCAGACUACAGAAAGAAAGGAAAUAUAGAUAAAUCAAGUGGCGGGAUCUUUUUUUACUGGGGAACCGGUGAAUUUUUCAUGGUGUUGGUGCUCAAGUAAUGUGAAUUGUUAAAGUACAUAUUUAAAUCUGUUAUUAUCUCGGGGAUUAUUAAAUGCUCUGUAAUCUGAUUUUCUGAAAUGUUGGAAAUCGUCAUACAUACAAAGUAAUAUGUAAUACAAAGAAGAGUGUGUUAACGACCGCCCCAAAAAUACAUUGAUUAAUGGACAUGAAGUUUUGAUUUGAGUUCAAAUAAUUUUAUAAUGUGAAAAAAAGAAUACUGUCUGUUUCAUAUCAUAAAGUUUCUUUAUAUUUAACUCUGUACUGUAGCACAAUAGUGCCACGUAGCGUUUCUUAAACUGCUGGGAUGAUACAUAUUGAUUUGAGAUAUUUAUAGCAUAUUGUAAAGGAGAUGUAAACGGCAGGAAAAGAAGUUGAAAAUGGAGUUUAUUAAAUUCACUGUAAAUGUGUUAUUUGCAGUAUAGUAGUAGUGUUUUACCAAAGAUAGAAAUGUUUUGGGGAUGUUGGAUUUGUUUUUACUUUUAAAAAAAGUGUGUGCAUGUGUGUGUGUAAUAAAUAUAUAUAUAUACACACAUACCGGUAUAUAUAUAUUGUGUCUUUCCUGUGUCAGAGCACUAUUAGAUUUGUUUUUAGGUGGUAUUUGUUUAUUGAUUUUUCAGAUUGUGAUUAUUUUUCUAUAUCAAUAAAUUUGGCCUGGU